CACAGAGAUCCACCUAUCUCUGCCUCCCGAGUGCUGGGAUUAAAGGCAUGCAUGCACCACCACCUGGCCUAAAAAGAUUGCUUUGAGUUGGUGCUCUCUCUCACGUUCCCUCUGCUCUCCCAGUGUCUGUAUACUUCACCUCUCUGGAAGGGAGGGACCUUGGCAUCUGCGGAUCUCACAGAUCAAAUGAGAUAAGGGACACAUGAAAACCACCUUCUAAGGGGCAAAGUUCUGGCUGCCUGGAGCCACUCCCUGAGUGUGGACAAAGGAAGGGGAGGAGGGAGGAGAAUGAGAGAGGAGGAGGAGGGGGAAGGGCCUGGCUGAUACUGGCAUAAACGUGAUCAAGCCUUCACCACCACUCUAGGCGGGACAGUCAGUUAGGUGACCCUCCUGCUGUGUGACUUCUGGGCUGGUCUGCUUCCUCUGGCCUUCCCCAGUCCUGCCUAGGAAAUGAUGGGGAGCUGGUUUUGAUUUCUUCCUUGCUGAGUUUCACUGGGGAAGCAAGGGGACUUCUUCACUGGGUACCUGAUGAAUUGGAAAUCAUCGACGAAUACAUUAAGGAGAAGGGCUUCGGCCUGGACGGGGCACAGCUGGGCGAGAUGCCGCGCUUGGUGCCCCGCGGGCAGGCCUCACUGAGCAGCGUCACCUUGGGUCCAGCUGCACCGCCGCCUCCGGUCACGCCGUCGCCCUGGAGCUGCACCGUGGGCCGGCUGGUGUCACCGGGCCCGGGGCCCAGGCCGCACCUGGUCAUCACAGAGCAGCCGAAGCAGCGCGGGAUGCGCUUCCGCUAUGAGUGUGAAGGCCGCUCUGCCGGCAGCAUCCUCGGCGAGAGCAGCACCGAAGCCAGCAAGACGCUGCCCGCCAUCGAGCUCCGAGAGUGUGGCGGGCUGCGGGAGGUGGAGGUGACGGCCUGCCUUGUGUGGAAGGACUGGCCACACCGGGUACACCCACACAGCCUCGUGGGGAAGGACUGCACCGAUGGCGUCUGCAGGGUGCGGCUGCGGCCUCACGUCAGCCCCCGGCACAGCUUUAACAACCUGGGCAUCCAGUGCGUCCGGAAGAAGGAAAUCGAGGCUGCCAUCGAGCGGAAGAUCCAGCUGGGCAUCGACCCCUACAACGCUGGCUCUCUGAAGAACCAUCAGGAGGUAGACAUGAAUGUGGUCAGGAUCUGCUUCCAGGCGUCCUAUCGGGACCAGCAGGGACAGUUGCGCCGCCUGGAACCCGUCCUCUCUGAGCCCGUCUAUGAUAAGAAGUCCACCAACACAUCAGAGCUGCGGAUUUGCCGAAUCAACAAGGAGAGCGGGCCCUGCACAGGUGGCGAGGAGCUGUACUUGCUGUGUGACAAGGUGCAGAAAGAGGACAUAUCCGUGGUGUUCAGCACGGCUUCCUGGGAAGGCAGAGCCGACUUCUCUCAGGCCGAUGUGCACCGGCAAAUUGCCAUUGUGUUCAAGACACCACCGUAUGAGGACCUGGAGAUCUCAGAGCCUGUGACCGUCAAUGUCUUCCUGCAGAGGCUCACGGACGGCGUGUGCAGCGAGCCGCUGCCCUUCACCUACCUGCCCCGGGACCACGACAGCUACGGAGUGGACAAGAAGAGGAAGCGGGGACUUCCCGACGUCCUUGGGGAGCUGAGUAGCUCGGACCCACAUGGCAUUGAAAGCAAACGACGGAAAAAGAAGCCAGUGUUCUUGGACCAUUUCCUGCCCGGCCACAGCACAGGCCUGUUCCUCCCGCCGUCCGCUCUGCAGCCGGCAGACACCGACUUCUUCCCCAGUACCAUCUCUCUCCCUGGCUUGGAGCCCCCCGGCGGCCCCGACCUCCUGGACGAUGGCUUUGCCUACGACCCUUCCGCCCCCACGCUCUUCACCAUGUUGGACCUGCUGCCCCCAGCCCCCCCACUUGCCAGUGCCGUCGUGGGUGGCGGGGCUGCGGGGGGCACAGUCGUGGAGUCUCCUGGCCCAGAGCCACUGACACUGGACUCGUAUGCAGCCCCCGGCCCUGGGGAUGUUGGCACUGCCAGCCUUGUGGGCAGCAACAUGUUCCCCAACCAGUACCGAGAGGCAGCUUUUGGGGGUGGCCUCCUGUCCCCAGGGCCUGAAGCCACGUAGCCUCUGAGGUGCCAGUGAAGGUACAGGGUGGGAGCGCGCUGCAGCACUCUGUCCCCCGAGGCCAACCUUGAUCAGUCUUCCUCAGCCUGAACCGGACAGCUGCAGCGCUGGCAAGAAGCUAGGGAAGAGCUCCAGCUCUCCUUGAGCCCAUUUUCCAGAUGAGAAUGCUGAGUCCGACGAAGAGGAAAAGGGGCUCCUGCGGGUGGGCCCCUUCUCAGGACAGAUUCUGAGAGGUUGUACAUAGGGGAGGAAGGAAUCGAUCCCCGGCCCUCCGCCCUGGUCCUGAAGGCGGGGGUAUGUUGUUUGUGCAGUUUUCCCAAUAAAAAUUAGUUUUUUGA